CUCCACACUCUUCAUGAACUGCUGGCCUGCAUAGAUAUAGUAGAUAGAAUGGUCUUCUUCACCAUUUCAGUUUUCUUCACCAUUUCAUUAAAGCCCACUAUUUCACUUGAACGGCCCAUUACAUUUUCAGUUCUGUUCCCUUUUCUAUAGACAAUGAACAUGUCUAAGAGAACUCCAUUUCCGGGGGCCUUUUUCCCCAAAGGACUCUUCUUCCUCCUCUCCCUGUCUCUGUUGAUUCUGUAUUCCUCGGAUGCAGAUGGAAACCCAGCGACGGAAACCAAAGAAUACCAAAUGGCUUUCCCCUCCUCCACCACAGAAAUCCCACAGACCUUGAUGCCUUGGGUCACAGAGGUCUUCUUUGUGGAAAGUAAAAUCCCUACCAUCCCAAAAAGAGCAUUUGUGGCCAAUCCUCAGCUUGAAAAGGUGGAGUUCUUAUCCACGCCCACAGUGUCCGUGGAGGCCGGGGCCUUUGAGGGUUUGGACAGCCUCAAGAAACUUGAGAUCGUCGGCACUCUGCUCACGUCCAUCCCAGCGGGAGUCUUCGCCGAAGUCCCACACUUGGAGUCGCUGGUGCUGAAGUCCAACCAGCUUGGUGGUCUUCAGAGGGGUCUGUUUGACGGCCUGAUAAAACUGACACAGCUCCAGCUCCACAUGAAUAGUAUCCAAUCCAUAGAGGACGGCACCUUCGAUGAGCUCAAGAGCCUAAAGAGCCUGCAUUUAGCCAAAAACAACCUGACGUCUAUUUCCCCCAGCCUCUUCUCACAACUCGACGCACUGCAGACAUUACGGCUCUACGAAAACCAACUCACCUCUGUCCCAGAAGAGGUCUUCCUUCCUUUACCCAAUCUGAUGGAAAUUGGAUUACAGGGAAAUCAAAUAACUCAACUAGCACCAAGACUUUUUCCACAUAAAGACAAAUUAAGGAAUCUAUACUUGGACAACAAUCUUCUCACUGAUUUACCACCAGAGUAUUUCACUGGCUUCAGUCUGCUCAAAACACUGACACUGCAUGCAAAUCAACUGACUGGUCUACCAGCGCUUUUGUUCGGAGGCACGCCGAAAUUAACCGAGGUGAGGCUCCAUCAAAACAACCUAAGCAGUCUUCCUAGUGGAGUAUUCAGCCCCCUGACUAACUUAACGGAAUUAGAUCUGUCCAAAAACCAUUUUAAAACUUUAUCUUCCGAAUAUUUUGACGGCAUUGCAAAGCUUAAAAAGCUAUAUUUAUCAAACAACAAACUCAGAACAUUGAAUGCAAACGUAUUUGAAAAGGUAACAUCGGUAACGAUCCUUAAGCUAUCAGGCAAUAUGCUGGAGAACCUUCCGGAAGAUAUUUUUGAACCUUUGAAAGCCCUGAUAAGAGUGGACCUCAAUGAUAAUCCCUGGCGUUGUGAUUGCAAUUUCAUUUAUUUAUACCAAUGGAUGAAAGACAACUCUAAAGUGCUAACAAACACUCCUCCUGUGGUGUGUAAGUUUCCAAAUGAUUUAAGUGGAAGGGAGGUGAUUUCACUAACAGAGGAUCAACUUGUGUGCCCCACCCUUGCUCCAACCACCACUCCUUUACAUACCACUACCAUGGCAACCACCGCCCCAUCUACCACUACCAUGGCAACCACCGCCCCAUCUACCACUACCAUGGCAACCACCGCCCCAUCUACCACUACCAUGGCAACCACCGCCCCAUCUACCACUACCAUGCCAACCACCGCCCCAUCUACCACUACCAUGCCAACCACCGCCCCAUCUACCACUACCAUGGCAACCACCGCCCCAUCUACCACUACCAUGCCAACCACCGCCCCAUCUACCACUACCAUGCCAACCACCAACCCCACUACAACCACCACCGCCCCCACUACAACCACCGCCCCCACUACAACCACCGCCCCCACUACAACCACCACCACCCCCACUACAACCACCACCGCCUCCACUACAACCACCACCGCCUCCACCACAACCACCACCGCCUCCACCACAACCACCACCGCCCCGCCUACUACCAUCCCAACCAUGACCUCCCCCACUACAACCUUCCCAACCACCACCCAAAUUACAACUACCACAACCACCCCAACUACAACGACCACCACCACCACUACCCCAACCACCAUCCUAGCCACAACAACCAUCCCAGCCACCACCCCCACUACAACCACCACCCCCACAACGACUGUCAUCCCAACCACGGCAACCACCCCCACCACCACC